AAUCCAUCAAUAUCCAUAACAGAGAAGACGAAGAUCAUUAUAAAGCCAAGUAAGGUUUAGGCAUUUAACUAGCACAUUUAGCAGCAAUGGCUUCAGUUCAUCAACAAGAAGAGCAAAACCUCCAAGAAGGUGGCCACGAAAAUCUUGCUCAGAGUCUUGCUAUUUACAAGGAUAUUUUUGAAAAUAAUGAGCCUGAACCAGACCAGGAUGUUGGCCACAGAAGUCUCUUGCAGAGUGAUGAUCUUUACCAGUAUAUACUCGACACUAGUGUAUAUCCUAAGGAGCCUGCGCCAUUAAAAGAGCUUCGCGAACUAACAGCUAAUCAUCCAUGGAGCAUUAUGACCACUUCAGCUGAUGGAGGGCAAUUCUUGAGUAUUCUACUUAAGAUCAUGAAUGCUAAAAACACAAUGGAGAUUGGUGUUUAUACUGGUUAUUCUCUUCUUGCCACUGCUCUUGCUCUUCCUUAUGAUGGAAAGAUUUUGGCUAUGGACAUCAAUCGUGAAAACUAUGAAUUGGGUCUCCCUGUUAUUGAAAAAGCUGGCGUCGCACAUAAAAUCGACUUCAGAGAAGGCCCUGCUCUUCCAGUUCUUGAUCAACUAGUUCAAGACGAGAAAAAUCAUGGGAAGUUUGAUUUUAUCUUUGUGGAUGCUGAUAAGGACAAUUACCUUAAUUAUCACAAGAGGAAUAUUGAGCUUGUGAAGGUUGGAGCAAUUAUUGGCUACGACAACACCCUAUGGCGUGGAUCUGUGGCUGCUCUACCUGAUGCGCCACUAAGGAAACAUAUUCGGUACUAUAGGGAUUAUGUAUUGGAGUUCAACAAGGUCAUAGCUGCUGAUCAGAGGAUUGAGAUUUGCCAACUCCCUAUUGGUGACGGGAUUACUCUGUGCCGCCGCAUUAGCUGAUCAUUUAAAUAAUCAAAUUCCAAGACUUUUUUUUUUUCCUUGUAUAAUAACAUAAUGUAUUAAAAAAUAAGCUUACGUUGCCAA